CGCGAUUCCUUCAGACUCACCAUCAUGUCCGGUACACCGUCAGGCUCUGGCUCAGCAGCAAAGUCAAAGGCAAUAUCUAGUCUGGCAAAAAAACCUUCAGACGUAACCCGGCAAGGAACUCAGAAACUAAAAUUCGUUCCUACUUUACCUGCGCGUCGGAAGAAAGAGGAUCUCAAACCUGAGCCGCAACCUGAAUCUGUUACGACAUCGACGUCGAUAUCAGUUAGCGGAAGAGGGAGAGGGAGAGGCUCUGGCUCGACCGAUGGACGGGGACGUGGUGGUCCUCGCCCACCCGUUGAAAUGACGGCCAGUGGACCUUUUGCCUUGGGACCUGCCUUGGUUGGCUCGAGCUCCGCUACUCGACAUGCUGUCCCAAAGUCCAACUUCACACCUAUCACGACACCAUCUCAAGGCGGACAUACUACCUUAGGUGCUGGACUCACGAAUACGGCUGCUCCAACUAUCAAGCCUGAAUCAGAGAAGGGAAAAGACAAAGCAGACGACGAUGGCGAAGUGUACUCUGAUCCUGACGAAGGCGUAGAGAUUCUUGACAUGGAGCAAGUGCGCAAUGUGGACUACAUGGCUCCCGAUAUUCUCAAACCAGAAAAACACGUACCAAAAGUCAAGAAGGAAGAUCCAGAUCAUGGCGUUGAUCUUACCAAUGCAUUGGAUCUCAGUGAAAACGAAGAAGAAGGGGAAGAUCUCGAGGAUAUCAUAGAAGAUUUUAAUUUACAAGCCGACUGUAGCGAGGAUCCUUCGCUUCGACAAGACCGCCUAUACUUCUUCCAGUUCCCAUCCCCGUUCCCCACGUUCCAGUCGCAAUCGUCCUCGAAUGUCGAACCAUCCGUGCCCAAUCUAACAUUCAAAAAGGUUGCCUUCGCCCCCGAUGUAAAGCCUGAACAAACAAAUACUUCGGAACAAAAAGAAGAUUCGGAGCGGUCCAUAGAUGGUGUUAUAGGGCGGUUGGAAGUUUACAAGAGCGGUGACGUCAAGAUGAGGCUUGCGAAUGGCAUUCUGUUCGACGUCACAGCCUCGACGCAACCCUCCUUUUUGCAACAUGCUGUUAGUGUCGAUUCGGGCGAAAGUAGAAUCAUUGUUUUUGGAGAAAUAAACAAACAUUUUACUGUCUCUCCCGACGUCGACUCUUUACUUGUCGCGAUGGAAGCAGCGAUACGCGCCCCUGGGCUCGACGACCCGGAGCUCAUUCGGAUGGAUCAAUCAUGAAGCAGAUGGCGAUUAUACAGCAGUAUUUACCUAGUAUCUACACAGAUAAUAACACACCAUAGAACCAA